AUGGGGAAGAAUGGCGGCAGUAGCAGCAAACCGGCAUCGGCAUCCGAGACACAAUUCUGGAAUUGCCUCAAGAAGGGAGAUGUUGAGGGUCUAGAGGGAAUAUUGCUGCGCCGCGUAGAGGACACUGAUACUGGUGCCGUGACGUUUGUCAUCAACCGCGAGGCUUCGCGGCCGCUUGUCAAUACUCCCAACGUGAAGAAGAUGCUGCCACUUUCGUACGCAGUGAGUCAAGGCAUGGAGGAGCAGGGACUGCAGCUACUACUACGCGCUGGUGCCAUUGCUGACGCGACAGACGGAACGGCAGAGCGAGCCACUGCCUUACACACGGCAUGCUGGGGCGAAGACGACAUCGCCGUGGCAUUGCUGCUGCGUUGCGGCGCCAGUCCGAUUGUCGAGGAUGCGGAAGGUCGCACACCACUGCACGUGCUCGCCUCGCUGAACGCCGCUGCACUCUUCUCAUACAUCCUUGAAACUGUCACCACACCCCAGACGGAAAAGCAGGAGGGGCUCCUCUACUUGGAAGGACGCCCACCGGUUGUGGUCUCACCUUUCGAACUACUGAGCAAGAAGGACCUCUCCGGGUUCACUGUGCUGCACACUGCCGUGUCGGAUGUCAGUAGCGGCUCCGAUCGUGUCCUGACAGAGCUUCUCGACUACUUGGAGGCGACAGCGAGUAGGGACGCUGUGGUUGUGCGUAAACUCGUAAAUGCGACAACUGAAUCAGGAAGCCACGCGUUGCACCUCCUCCUCUCAUUACCCAACUGCAAUGAGGGUGUUAUAAUGCGGACGGUUACACGCCUGCUUCAACUCGGCGCAAGCCCAGCAGCGCCUGACAACUGGGGCCAAACACCGCUCACCGUUGCUGUAAUGUCGCAGUCAGGCGGCGUCGCGGCGAAUGUGGUGCGAACGCUACUGCAAGCAGUGGAAGGGGAAGAAGGCGACGGGGCUCUGCUGGAGCGUGUGUUUCUGCAGCGCGACACGGAGAAGGGCUAUGCGCUUAUUCACCACGCUGUCGCCACACGGAAUGUUUCGGCCGUGAAGGUGAUGGUGGCGUUUCUCAAAUCCAUCGACGAGGUGAAGGCGUCGCAGCGCAUUCGGCAAUGGAUUGGGGAACCGCUCACGGAAGGGGACGUGAGCGUGGCCAAGAUGGCGGCUGACCGUGCCUGCGAGGAAAUAGCACAGGUGUUGCUCAGCGUCAAUGCUAUUGAUGAAGACCUCUACAAGCGCUGUAAAGAGUUAGUUAAAAGAGAAGAGGAGGAGGAACGACAGCGGCGUGUAGAAGAUGAAAAGGAAGGAGCGAAUAUCUCUGGAAGCGAUGACGGUGCUGACGGCAAUACUCAUGGCACUGGAAGAAAGGGCGGCGAUUUCUCGGGCUUCGGGUCCACGGUAGCCGCGGGGUCGCGGGUUCAGCAAGCGCGCAAGGCAAAGGCGCAAGCGGCAGCUCAACGGCGAAAGCAGGUACAGCACCGGCACGGUGGUGAAGGUGGUGGCAAUGCACUGCGCAACGCAGGUGCGGCACCGCUGUGGUUGAAGUUAGCAGUAGCGUUGUUGAUCUUCUUGAUGGUGUUAAGGGGAGUCCACUUGCUACGGGAUGGCUUAAAGACCCAAUAG